GCAAACCUAGGAACCCACGACGAAACGAGGCGCUUGGGUUCAGGACGAACCCAGCUCCUGGGCUCGCUUGGAGGUAAUAGAAAAGAAAAACAAAAAGAAAAAAAAAAAACGCAAAAAGGAAAGGAUGGGGGAAGAAGAUUCCGAGGUUCGCGAUGAACCCAGGCUCUUAGGUUUGAGACAUGGGUUUCUUGUGCAUGUUGUAAAAAGAAAAGAAAUGGUGGGACAGGUUGUUGAAGUAGGAAGGGAAGCCUCUUGUGUUCCUGAAGAGGAUGAGAAUAGUGUUCACCAUUGAUUGUAUAUAUUAUGUGUGUUUGUUUCUUCUUUAAGUUGUAUAUUGUAAAGAAAGCAGAAAAGUGAUGGUGGGACAAGUUGUUGAAGCAGGAAGGGAAGCCUCUUGUGUUCCUGAAGAGGAUGAGAAUGGUAUUCACAAUUGAUUGUAUAUAUUGUGUGUGUUUGUUUGUUCUUUAAGCUGUUGAUUGUAUCUCAUGAGCCAACAAAACCUAUUUAGCUUCUUUGCAGGAAGAAACUGUUAGAAACAAU